GCUGAAAAGCCCGCUGGAUCCUCCACUGACCUGCUGUUCUUCCCUGCUUUCCUCUUGCGUUUUUUUUUUCCACAUUUAGAUUAAAAACAAAGCUCUUACUCUCUCCUCUCCCCUCCCUGCUUCUUCUUCUUCCUCUCCUUCUUUUUUCCUGCUGCAGCAGUCAAGGCUUCAGUGUGUCAGAAGAGGAAAAAGCAGAGAAGAGGACUAUUUAGUUGAGCUGAGUGAGUGUUUAUGUUUGUAUGUUUCACCAUUGGACCGCUGGGUGAAGGGGCGCGAGGAAAAGAGGGGAGAAGAGUGGGAAGAGGAGGAGGAGGAGGAGAAGUAGAAGAGGGGAGUGUGCCUGGACGAAUUUCGCUGUCAUGUCACUGUGUGUGGACCUAUACUGAACAAGCUGGGGGGAAAAGGAGGACAGAUACUCUGAGGAGCGACGAGGAGAAACUGUGACUUGGGUUUCAGUAGGAAAAGACGCAGGAGAAGGAGGUAAAGUCUGCUGCUCCGUUGUAUCAUGACAUUUCUGGAUAAACGAGCCGACAGACUGAGUGUUCCUCGGUUGUGUGUCAACAGGAAUUUGUGUUGAAAGAUAAAGACGGAAAACAACAGAGAGAAGAGUUAAACUGCUGUCCAGCUAAGGAGCAGGGACUGGACUUAUAGAGUGUGAAAGUCUCUUAUUGUGAGUGUGUGGGUUUGUGUGUGCAGAAGUGUGUGGUAGUGUAACCAGUGGAGGGCAGAGGAGUGGAGGGCCAGGGGACUAACCUGGCCAUCAAACGGACUGGAAGCCUCUCCUCUCCUGGGAUCAUGUACCCUCAGGGCAGGCAUCCGGUCCCCUUACAGCCUGGCCAGUCUUUCAAGUUCACAGUCCUGGAAACUCUGGACCGAAUUAAGGAGGAAUUCCAGUUCCUCCAGGCUCAAUAUCACAGCCUGAAGCUGGAGUGUGAGAAACUGGCCAGUGAGAAGACAGAGAUGCAGAGACACUACAUCAUGUACUAUGAAAUGUCCUACGGUCUCAACAUUGAGAUGCACAAGCAGGCGGAGAUUGUCAAGCGUCUCAGUGCCAUCUGUGCUCAGAUCAUCCCUUUCCUCUCUCAGGAGCACCAGCAACAGGUGGUCCAAGCGGUGGAGCGGGCCAAGCAGGUCACCAUGGCUGAGCUCAAUGCCAUCAUUGGGCAGCAGCUCCAGCACCUGUCUCACCAUGCCCCUGGCAUCCCCCUGACUCCACACCCAUCAGGCCUGUCCCUGGGAGCGGGGGGCUCAGGGCUUUUGGCGCUGACUGGAGCCUUGGGGGUGUCAGCCCACCUGGUCUCCAAAGAUGAACGCAACCACCUUGACCCUGAACAUCUUAGAGAGGGAGCACCCAGCAGGAGUAAAUCAGUGUCAUCAACAGACAGCCAGCCCACUGAGGAGCGCCAGGGCCCAUCAGGAUACUCCUCCUCGCAGGGAGGAGCUGAGGCCAAGAGGAGGCGCUGUGACGACAAAGAGCCCCUCCCACCACACUCCUAUGAUAGUGAUGGAGACAAGAGUGAAGACAAUCUUGUGGUGGACGUCUCCAAUGAGGAGCCGAACUCUCCUGCCGGCAGUCCUCCUCAUUCACCGCAUGGAAACGGACUGGACCGGGCACCUACCCUGAGGAAAGAGCUCCCGGGUUCAUCAAGCACAGGAGAGGCUCCCUCCACGCCAAACCCCCGCAGCCCUACCCCAGGGAAGUCCAAGGACCCUGCACAGAUGGAUAAGUCCCAGUCUCCGCUGUCAAAAUCUGGCACCCCAUCCCCAUCCCACCGUGAGGCUCUUACCCCAGGAGCGCCAGGGGCCCCAGGAGCUCCAGGUCCCAGCACUUCCUGCCUUCGCCUGGUCAGCAAAGCAGCAACCAGUGCAGACCCCCUUGCUCUCCGCAGUCCCAUGUCUGUGCCCCCCGGUUCAUACCCGGCUCAUUUUGGCGUGGUGUCCCACGCAGGACUGAAUGGGGAGCUGGCCAGCCCAGGAGGAUUCGGAGGAGCUCUAACUCUCUCUCCACAAAUAAGCGCAGCAGCCAGCGCCUACUCCCGCAGCCCUAUGGUGGCGUAUGACUCUCGAUCUCAUCUGAGGGCCCCUGGACUGUCCUCCUCGCUCCCUGGCUCCUCUGGUGGCAAGCCCGCCUACUCGUUCCACGUGAGUGCAGAUGGUCAGAUGCAGCCGGUGCCAUUUCCCCCCGACGCCCUGUUGGGUCCGGGAAUCCCACGUCACGCCCGCCAGAUCCACACGCUGAACCACGGAGAGGUGGUCUGCGCCGUCACCAUCAGCACCUCGACACGCCACGUCUACACUGGAGGAAAGGGAUGCGUCAAGGUGUGGGACAUCAGCCAACCAGGAAGCAAGAGCCCCAUGGCCCAGCUGGACUGUCUGAACAGAGAUAAUUACAUCCGCUCCUGUAAAAUUCUUCCUGAUGGACGAACCCUGAUUGUUGGAGGGGAGGCCAGCACGCUGUCAAUCUGGGAUUUGGCCACGCCCACUCCACGCAUCAAAGCUGAGCUGACGUCGUCCGCUCCUGCCUGCUACGCUCUGGCCAUCUCCCCUGACAACAAGGUCUGCUUUUCCUGCUGCAGCGACGGCAACAUCGUGGUCUGGGACCUUCACAACCAGACGUUAGUCAGGCAGUUCCAGGGCCACACGGACGGGGCGAGCUGCAUCGACAUCUCCAACGACGGCACCAAGCUCUGGACGGGAGGGUUGGACAACACGGUCCGCUGCUGGGACCUCCGAGAGGGACGCCAGCUGCAGCAGCAUGACUUCACCUCGCAGAUCUUCUCUCUGGGCUACUGUCCGACAGGCGAGUGGCUGGCGGUAGGGAUGGAGAGCAGCAACGUGGAAGUCCUGCACGUCUCCAAACCCGACAAGUACCAGCUGCACCUCCACGAAAGCUGUGUCCUCUCCCUCAAGUUUGCUUAUUGUGGAAAGUGGUUUGUGAGCACAGGAAAAGACAAUCUGUUGAAUGCAUGGAGGACACCAUAUGGAGCAAGUAUUUUCCAGUCCAAGGAGUCUUCAUCUGUGCUGAGCUGCGACGUCUCCCCAGACGACAAGUACAUAGUGACGGGCUCUGGGGACAAGAAGGCCACCGUGUACGAGGUGGUGUAUUGAGGAUCAGAAAGAGAUGAGAAGAGACAGAAUACAGAUUGUUUUUUUUGUUUUGUUUUUUUUUUUUUAUUUGGAGGUUUGUAGGUAUGGGCAACUAGUUGCCCUGCCACCUAAUCCUGAUCGUCAUUACAUCAGUAACAGCAGCACCUCCGUCUCAGUCCUCUUGAGUCCUUCUGACCCUUUGCCCUAAAACUUAACCCCUGCCCCCUGUUUUGUUGUCAUUUAAGCUACUGUAGAAGCUCCCAAAUGGCCCUCACCAUCUCUUCCUCCUCCUACUUUUAGCUCAAGGAAUGAGGCAUGAUAACAGAGAGGCAGAAUGGGAAACAGCAAGAUAAGAAGGACAAAGGAAGAAGGUGGUGGAGAGUAAAGAUAAAGUUGUGUGGAAGAAGAGGGGAAAGACGAGUAGAGAAAGCGAGAGUGCGGAAGGAAGAGAAAUGAAGGGGGGAGGAGGGGGUAACGUAAUUAGGGCUGUUUCCUGAUUAAGAGCUCAGUGGAAGGGGGGGUCCCCAGAGGAGGUGAAGAGCGGCACUGUGGGAGCGCCAGCCAGGAGCACUGAUACCACACAAUCGAUUCAUUAGCCAGACAGUGGAGGCCUUAAUGAGGCUGACGCCACAGCUCGAUCUCCCCAGCGAGAGGUGUCGGGAGCUGGGGAACGAUGACGCUCCGAUA